AGAGAGAGGUGAGUGCUGUAGCAACUUCCUGCUGUUGCAUGAGGCUUUGAGUUGCAGUUAUUUUCUCUCUGUCUGAAACUCUGACAGACUGUUGCACAGAGAGAAGCGGGAGCUGACUGAAGCUAAGCAGGAUGCAGGCUAUCAAAUGUGUUGUUGUGGGAGAUGGAGCUGUGGGGAAAACAUGUCUUCUCAUCAGCUACACAACCAACGCUUUCCCUGGAGAAUAUAUCCCUACUGUCUUUGAUAACUACUCAGCCAAUGUGAUGGUGGACAGUAAGCCAGUCAACCUGGGUCUCUGGGAUACAGCAGGACAGGAGGACUAUGACAGACUGAGACCACUGUCCUACCCACAGACGGACGUGUUCCUCAUCUGUUUCUCUCUGGUGAGCCCAGCCUCCUACGAGAACGUCAGAGCCAAGUGGUACCCAGAGGUGCGUCACCACUGCCCGUCAACCCCUAUCAUCCUAGUGGGUACUAAGCUGGAUCUGAGGGAUGAGAAGGAGACCAUCGAGAAGCUCAAAGAGAAGAAACUGGCCCCCAUCACCUACCCACAAGGCCUAGCGCUGGCCAAGGACGUUGACUCUGUGAAGUACUUGGAGUGUUCUGCUCUGACCCAGCGUGGCCUGAAGACAGUGUUUGACGAGGCUAUCAGGGCAGUACUCUGCCCACAGCCAACCAAGGUCGGGAAGAAGAAAUGUCUACUGCUCUAACAGAUGCAGCUCAGAGUGAAAACUAGAGAUGACAUUUACCUGAAGUCUGUCUACAUUAUUCUCUCCAUCUGUUGUUGUUUCUCUAGAUGCAGCUCAGAGUGAAAACGGACAGUGAACAAACCAGAGAGCCAGAUGUUAACUCAAAAAGGCCUUUUAGCUUUUCUGUGCUAGAAGAAAAAACAUUGACUUAUGAAAGCCUACGUGGUUAAAUAAAUAUAAAAUAUUAUAAUUAAGUAAUGUUAAAUCUAUUACAAUGGUUUCUGAUGUGUGCUUGUUUGGUACUGGUAUAUAGUGUAUGAUAUCUGUGUUUCUGUCAAAUGAAUAAAUUGUAUAAUAUUUGCAGAAUAUUCAUAAUCUGAACAAGACAAUACUGUAAUAUUUUCCCCUCUACUGUGAAGGUGAUAUUUGACCUUGAUGUAUGUGUGUCCCAAAUGGCACCCUAAUCCCUAAGUGCACCAUUAGACACUUGUAUUUUCA